CAGUCAGAUUAGUUCACUGGUUUUAUGACACUGAUACAAGAGAUACUGAUGGUGAUGUUCCUUUACACCUGGAUUUGGAUUCUGAUAUUAUGACAAGUCCUGAUCGUCAGGCUCCCUCAGUUUAAUGGCUGACUGAGAAGCUGCCCUAAAUUUAAGGAGACUGACCUGGCCAGGCAACCCCCCUCUUGCUGCUAUCCAGGACAUGGACCCUCCCAGGAUGUCUCGAAAGAUCAACGGAACCUCUGGUGGCUCCAAAAACAGCUUCAAAAACUCACCAUCAGCCCUCAAAAAGCCAAAAGAAAAAAGACAGACUAGGUACAGACUGAAGCUUCACACCCAACAGGUAAUACAGGAGGUAUCAUGAUGGAACUUGACAAUCACACUUUCAACAGUGACUUCAUUCUUUUGGGACUGUUCUCUUCUUCACAGACAGGUCUAGUCUUUUUCUCAUUGAUAUUUUUUAUUUUUAUUAUGACCAUAACAGAAAAUGCUUUCAUGAUCCUCCUAAUCCGCAGGGACCCUCGACUGCAUACCCCAAUGUACUUCCUGCUCAGCCAUCUCUCCUUCAUGGAUAUCCUGCACAUUUCCAACAUUGUGCCUAAAAUGAUCGCUGACUUUCUGUCAGGCAGCAGAACCAUUUCCUUUGCAGGCUGUGCCUUCCAGUUAUUUCUGUCCAUGACCUUGCUAGGUGGUGAGUGCCUUCUCCUGGCAGCCAUGUCUUAUGAUCGCUAUGUGGCCAUCUGCCACCCACUUCGGUACCCUGUGCUGAUGAGGGAGAACUCCAGUGGGCUCAUGGCUGCAGGAUCCUGGCUCGUGGGAAUCUCCAACUCCAUAGUCCACACAUCUUUUGCCCUCCAUUUUCCAUUCUGUCACUCUAGGGCCAUUGAUCACUUUUUCUGUGAAGUCCCUGCAAUGUUGAAGUUGUCUUGUGUAGACACAUCACACUAUGAACGAGGAGUUUAUGUGAGUGGCAUUAUAUUCCUGCUCAUUCCCUUUUCCACGAUCUCUAUAUCUUAUGUGCAAAUUCUCCUCACUGUCCUACAAAUGCAGUCAUCAGGGGCACGACAAAAGUCAUUUUCCACCUGUUCCUUCCACAUGCUUGUGGUCAUGAUGUACUAUGGGCCAACUAUUUUCACAUAUAUGAGACCUCGAUCAUACCACACUCCAGGCCAGGACAAGUUCUUGGCAGUAUUCUACACCAUCCUGACACCCAUACUCAACCCCAUCAUCUACAGCUUUAGGAAUAAAGAUGUUCUCAUGGCUGUGAAAAACAUGCUCCACAAUUGUUUUCUGAAUAAAAAAUAA